CGACAACCACGCUGUAUCGACAACGUUGUCGAAGACAGCCAUGGACGACGACCGACGGCGCCAGGAUGAUAGCGUCGACAACCGCAGAAAUCGCCUGCCCUCUUUCACCGAGGUCCUCUCGAGACGGACGCGACCCCCCGUAGACUUGUUCAUGUUUUAUUUAUUUUUGCAGCGCGAGGGUUCGGAAGACAUCCUCGACUUCUGGCUAGACGUGCAGCAGCACGAGAAUCUCUGUCGCGCAUACUUCAAGGACGUCCGCAAGUCGGGGCGCACCAUUCGGGAUGACUGGCCGGAGUACUGGGACUAUGCACGACGGCGCGGGUCGAUCUAUGGCACGGUAGUCGGCCUGAAUCCGCACACUGGCACGAAGCGGAGCACUGCAAGCACGGGCGAUAUACUGUCUGAUCACGACAGGCACAACCUCGCUGCGGGCGACGAGGAGAAGGCGGCGCGCAGCCCUAGCCCGCGCAUGAUGUCCACGACGCCAGCGACUGCCGUCGCGUCGGAUCCCCCUCGCUCGUCGACUCCAUUCUCUUUGUCUGGUCGGACGCCGACGCUGUUCAAGCGCGCCUCGCGUGCGCCCACGAUCAUCCCACGCUCCGCCGCGAUCACACGCCAGGACCUCAUCGCCUCCGCGGAGCGCAUCUACCUGCGUUACCUGUCGCCGGCGGGUACAGUGGGGUCGAACGAGAACCAUGAGAUAUAUUUGCCUCCUGCGCUGCGGAUGCACUCGUUCCCGCUCAGCAGCACGCACGAGCCCAAGACGCAGAGCGAGAUGAGCCUGAUGGCCCAGAUCCCGGACAUGUACCAUGCGCAGAAGGAGUACUGUUUCCGCGCGAUGGAGCAGGACGCGUUUCCGCGCUUCCUCCGCGCGAAGGCGUUCGGCAACCUGACGCCAAUGUCGGCGCUUGUGCGGCUCGUUAUAGGACUGAUUGUGCUGUGGAUUGGGCUGGCAGUAGGCUUCUCUCUCAUUUUCCUCGACGUACACCCGAAGUCCAAGCGCUUCUUCCUAUUCAUCCCAUACGCGAUCGCCAUUCUCUUCCUCAUUUCCCACCAAUAUGAGCUCGAUCCCAUACUCGUAUUCCUGGGCCAGUCCGAGUCAACGCCAUUCCGCACCUUACACAUCCGGGAGCCAUAUGUCAAGAAACUCCUGCUUGGCCGUGCACUGUGGGUCACUGCACUGGUCACAGGAUGUACGGUGGCUUUGACGAUGAUUUUUUGGGCGGUGCCCGGUCGGCGCCUGUGAGCUUUUACGACUGAAUUACACAUCUGCAGGACUCGUGAAUGACUAUUAGCUAUCUCUAUUCUAUUUUCUGUUGACGUUGCUGCGUUGUCCCAUUACGAUACCUUAUACCCUUUUUCCAUUAACCCCGUCGUCGCUCGUUUGUUGCAACCCCGUUCCUCAUACCUCCAAUUCAUGGAUACAUCUUGAUU